AGACGCGGAAUUUGGGAACGUGAGCUGCUUAUGUGAUGCUAGAACCGCCACGUCAUGGUUUACGCUAACCUGGGGAAAGGCUAGUUGAUCUUCACGAGCCGUUUCGAGAUGGUGAGUGAUAUGCAUUAGCUCUUACAGGGCUCGGAGCGCGCUGGAAAUAUACGAGAAUAGGAAGUUGGCAUCGCAAUUGCGUCAAUUUCAGUUGUAUGUUGAAACACAGUAAGUAGGUUGUCGGCAUGUAAUUCUGUUGAUGUGCUUUUCUGCCAGGAAGACGAGAUUGUCGAAAUGGAUGGGGUACAUACCUCUCAAGCCAGAGACCAAGGCUCGCGUGGAAGACCGAAGCAACUUCAAUAUUUAAUGCCUUGAUUUGAGAUCAAUCAGACGGUCUUCACAUUUCUAAUUCAAGUCACAAUCUCCACUACCCCCAAGAUGGUCUUUGAGUCAAAGUUUCCCAAGGUUGAUCCGCCCUCCACGGACGUGUUCAACUUCAUCUUCAACACUGCUCGAGAGAAGUAUUCCAAAGACAAAGUCUUAUACCAGGUCCACAACACCGGAGAGACUUUAACUUUGGAAGAGCUCGAGAACAAGAGCUUGCGACUGGCUAGCGUUCUUGUCAAGAAAUACGGUAUCAAGCCUAAUAAUGUCAUUGCAUUUUUAGCCAACAACUCUAUAAAUUAUCCUAUUGCUUUCUUUGCAGCACUAGCAGCUGGAGCUACAAUCUCUCCAAUUCCUGUUCAGCAAGGACUUGAUGCUCUGGCAAUUAUUCCCAGACUCGAACAAGCUGACGCCAAGUUGAUCAUAACUGACUCGACGCUGGCAUCUAUCACAAAGCCGGCAGCUGAAGCGUUUAAUGGGAUUCCUCUGAUCAGCUUGGACAGCUCUUCUGAUGGAAUCAGCAACAUCGAAGCUCUGCUUGCCGAAGAAACGGAGCUCUUCAGUGGAUUCAGACUCUCCACCCACGAGGAAACUGAAAAGCACUACGCCUUCAUUUACCGUACAAGUGGUUCAUCAGGCAACGUCAAGUCGUUCCUCACAACUCAUGCUCACUGGGCAGCCAAUCUCCUCACAACCCGCCUGACCGUACCCUCCGACACAGAUCCCGAGAAGGAUGUCUGGCUGUCCUCUCUGCCUUUCGCUUAUGGAAUCAAUGCAAAGCUGAACCUCGGUCUGAACAUCCUUCUUGGUAUUCCUGUCAUUAUUCUCACUCAGCCUUUUGACCAAUCUACCUUUCAUCUCAUCGACAAAUAUGCCAUCACCUUUCUGUUUGUCACCCCACCGCUCGCAGCCCAGAUCGCAAAGUCGGAGAAGGUCGGGGUCACUUACAACAGCAUCAAAUGGCUUCUAUCUGCUGGAGCUCCUGUCCAUACCAAGAUCCGGGAUGCAGUUCAAGACAAGUUCAAUGGUGUUCGUCUGACUCUUGAAUGGGGUACUACAGAGACUCUCCUCAUCGCCCUCCAAGUCGACGAGGCUUCAUCUGUGCCAGGAUCAAGUGGCACUCUCGUCCACGGUUUCGAAGCCAGGGUCCUCGAUAUUGAGACUGGCAAGGACCUUGGUCACAACGAGCAAGGAGAAAUUCUUGUGAGGAAUACCCUCGCUCGCUUUGCUGGCUACAAGGACAAUGAGGAGGCUAAUAAGGACUUUGACGCUGAUGGUUGGUUCCAUUCUGGUGACGUCGGAUACAUCGAUGAGAACUCCAAUGUCUUCAUCGUUGACCGGUUGAAAGAGCUACUCCGUGUAGGCGACGGUUACGGUACCCACGCCUCAGCAGCUGAGUUUGAGGCUGUUCUCUUUGACCAUCCCGCCGUAGCAACAGCCGUCGUGGUGGGUAUCCGUGACCAAGAGACCCAGCAGGAACAUCCUACAGCUUUUGUUGUCCUUCAGCCCGAUGCGACACCAAGCCACGAUUUAAAUGCCGAGGAAAGGUCUUCGGCUUUGGGCAACCUGGCUAGAGAGCUGGAGGGAUAUGUUGAGACGAAGCUGGGCAAGUUCAAGAGGCUCUCAGGUGGGGCAUUUUUCGUAGAGAAGUAUCCUUACGUUGGUUACAAGAUCAAUAAGAGGAGACUGAAGGAGCUGGUACAUGUUGGUCCGUCGGCAGAUAGCUUUGCACGGUGGAUCGAUGCUGCUGCUUAA